AUGGUGGCUUAUUGUUACAACAAAAACUCGCUAGUCAAGGAGGCUCUAUGGAAACAACAAAAAUCUUUAGAGCAGAAGAGCUUGAGAAGGCCACGAACAACUACCACGAAAGUAGAGUUCUUGGAGAAGGAGGCUAUGGAACGGUUUACGAAGGAAUAUUACCAGACAAUAGCGUGGUUGCCAUAA